GAAAGCUUAUACUUUUUGCAAAUUAUUUGCUUUUGAUAUAAAGUUUGUUGCUUUUAGUUAAAACAAAAAUCACCCCUGUUUCAAAAAUAAAUGACAAAGUGUAUCGCCAUUCUUUGUGAUGAUGAGCUGAGGUGAUCUGGACAAGUAUCUUGUUCUGCACCUUCAGUGAUCUUCUACAGCAGUUAUCCAGCUAUCAUAGCUUGUGAAACUGUCAGUCUUAGGGUCAGAACCAGUAAACAGGUUGUUGGAACCUGUCUAAUGAGAUUUUUACUGAACUGAAUAUUCAGUCUAUUGAAGCUGCAAAUAUACAUUAUAUUAGAAUUCUUUUACUGAUCAGUUUAAUACUAUUUUUAAAAAUAAGGAGAUUUGUUAUGAUUACAAACUAUCCACCAGACUCUAAACAGUUUUUUAAAAUUUUAAUUCAAACAGUAAAAAGGAAAUGCUUAGAAAAAAAAAUGUGUUUUUUUGCAGAGGUACAUAAAUUUGAUAUAUUAUUCAGGAAUAAAGUCUGAUACAGAAAUUUUAGGCCUAUUUUGCAUUAUAAUUAUGCCUAGAAAUUUUUAUUCAAAUCUAUUCAAGGUAAGUUUUGAGCUUUUUGUAGUCCUUUUAUAACAUGAUUUUCAUUUUCAGCAUGUUUUGUCAUUAAAAAAGAUAACACAAAAAAGAAAAGCGCUAUCAGAACAGGAAUGAAAGUUUCUAGGUUAAAAGUAUAAAAGCUUGAUAAUCUCAUAAUUAAAAAAAAAGUGGAAUUAUACUUGAAAAGACUGAAAAUCUAUUUCAUCAAUAAUUUCUCUUUCGGCUUGAGUGAUGAAAAAAGUAAGAAGAUAACAGGAAACAAUAAAAAAAAUUAAAGGAAAAAGGGAAUACAAUACAACUACCGACCAGAAAGACUAAAAGUUAAGUUCACAAAACAAUAUACUUAAAAAUAAGAUUAACAAAAACACAACACCUCCCUAAAUUUUGAUUUUACUUGAAAAAAAUGGGCAGGUUGUGGCUGGAUGAGAUAGUUUGACACUAGAAAACUUUGGAGGGACAUCAUCUUUGUGUGAAAUUUGCAUGCAAGUCAUUUACAAACAAAACAUUUCACUUGUCCACAGUGAAUUAGUGAAACUUCAAAGAUCUCUUUGAUAUUGCAAAUAACCAUAUUCAAGUACUACAAUAAGGAUCAACAACUUUAAAUGUAUUUGAAAAUAUUGAUUUUACAAAUUCUUAUAAGAAAGGAGAUCUUGUCUAUUUCUUCAUGGUUUAGUCCCAUCAUAACACAAUAUUUUUUUAAAAUCUAGCAUAAGUUAGAGGGAGAUAACUCUUGUUUUUUUUUAAACUGUGAAAAUUUAAAUCUAAAUCUAUUUUAAGAAAUGACAUUUGUUUACUGCUAUAUUAUAUUUCAAAUCAAUACAUUGGUUAAUGGGAAAGUACCAUUUAAGUACGCAACAUUAAAAACUUAAAAAACAUGGUGGACCUACAGCUUGACACAGAUUAAAGAUAUAAUAAAGAGUGACAAUAAGCAAUAAUGGAUAAGAAUAUGGCACUUAAAAAUUGGGACAGCCUAGAUAACUGGCAAAAAUUUGAUAUGUUUGGGUUGAUUAUGGGAAUAACAACUACUGCCACUUUCCCUCCAAGUACCAGUAUUCCUAAGUUCAGAGAGGACUUUGCAAAGGCCAAACACAUAGUGGUUGUAACAGGAGCAGGAGUGAGUGCAGAGAGUGGUGUACCUACAUUUAGGGGGCCUGGUGGUUAUUGGAGGAAUAAGAAAGUACAGGAAUUAGCUACAGUUGAGCAUUUUGAGAAGAACCCAUCUCUAUCUUGGCAGUUUUAUCAUCAUAGAAGAGAAGGCAUGGUCACUAAACUUCCUAAUAAGGCUCAUUUUGCAAUAGCUGAAUGUGAAAAGAGGCUAAAAUCACAAGGAAGAAGAGUUGUAGUAAUCACUCAGAAUAUAGAUGAACUUCACAAGAGAGCUGGGUCUGAAAAUAUUCUUGAGAUGCAUGGUAGUUUAUUUAAGAUAAGAUGUACAAAAUGUCAGGAUGUAACAGAAAACACAGACAGUCCAAUAUGUCCUGCAUUAGCUGGCAAAGGAGCACCAGAUCUCGAAACAGAAGAAGACAAUAUACCACUGGAUAAAUUACCAAGAUGUAAGAAAACAGGUUGUGGAGGACUUAUGAGACCUCAUGUUGUAUGGUUUGGUGAAUCUCUGGAUCCGUCCAUUUUAGCAAAAGCAGAAGAGGAACUUGAAAAGUGUGAUCUGUGUCUUUUAGUAGGAACAUCAUCUGUUGUAAGACCAGUUGCCUUGUUCGGACCACGAUUAUCUAUCCUUGGUAUCCCAGUAGCAGAAUUUAACACUGAAGAGACUCCAGUAACAAAAUCAUUAGGAUACCACUUCCAAGGACCAGCUUGCACACUGAUACCAGAAGCUCUUGCCAGACAUGAAUCUGAACCAGAGUGAUAAAACAAAACUUUGCUAUUAAAAUGUACAUGUAUAUACUAGAAGCUCUUGCCAAACAUGAGUCUGAACCUGAGUAUUAAAACAAAACUUUUAUAUUUCAAUGUACAUGUAUAUACUAGAAGCUCUUGCCAAACAUGAGUCAGAACCAGAGUGAUAAAACAAAACUUUUCUAUUACGAUGUACAUGUAUAUACUAGAAGCUCUUACUAGACAUGAGUCUGAUAAAACAAAACUUUACAAUGUACAUGUAUUUACUAGAAGCUCUUGCCAGACACAAGUCUGAACCGGAGUAAUAAAACAAAACUUUUCUAUUACAAUGUUCAUGUAUAUACUAGAAGCUCUUGCCAGACACGAGUCUGAACCAGAGUGAUAAAACAAAACUUUACAAUGUACAUGUAUAUACUAGAAGCUCUUGAGAGACACGAGUCUGAACCAGAGUAAUAAAACAAAACUUUUCUAUUACAAUGUAUAUGUAUAUACUAGAAGUUCUUGCCAGACACAAGUCUAAACCAGAGUGGUAAAACAAAACUUUUCUAUUACAAUGUACAUUUAUUUACUGGAAGCUCUUGCCAGACACGAGUCUGAACCAGAGUAAUAAAACAAAACUUUUCUAUUACAAUGUACAUGUAUAUACUAGAAGCUCUUGAGAGACACGAGUGUGAACCAGAGUAAUAAAACAAAACUUUUCUAUUACAAUGUACAUGUAUAUACUAGAAGUUCUUGCCAGACACAAGUCUAAACCAGAGUGGUAAAACAAAACUUUUCUAUUACAAUGUACAUUUAUUUACUGGAAGCUCUUGCCAGACACGAGUCUGAACCAGAGUAAUAAAACAAAACUUUUCUAUUACAAUGUACAUGUAUUUACUAGAAGCUCUUGCCAGACACGAGUCUGAACCAGAGUAAUAAAACAAAACUUUUCUAUUACAAUGUACAUGUAUUUACUAGAAGCUCUUGAGAGACACGAGUCUGAACCAGAGUAAUAAAACAAAACUUUUCUAUUACAAUGUACAUGUAUAUACUAGAAGUUCUUGCCAGACACAAGUCUAAACCAGAGUGGUAAAACAAAACUUUUCUAUUACAAUGUACAUUUAUUUACUGGAAGCUCUUGCCAGACACGAGUCUGAACCAGAGUAAUAAAACAAAACUUUUCUAUUACAAUGUACAUGUAUAUACUAGAAGCUCUUGAGAGACACCAGUCUAAACCAGAGUAAUAAAACAAAACUUUUCUAUUACAAUGUACAUGUAUUUACUAGAAGCUCUUGCCAGACACGAGUCUGAACCAGAGUAAUAAAACAAAACUUUUCUAUUACAAUGUACAUGUAUUUACUAGAAGCUCUUGCCAGACACGAGUCUGAACCAUAGUGAUAAAACAAAACUUUUCUGUUACCAUGUACAUGUAUAUACUAGAAGCUCUUGCCAAACACAAGUCUGAACCAGAGUGAUAAAAAAAACUUUUCUAUUACAAUGUACAUGUAUAUACUAGAAGCUCUUGCCAGACAUGAGUCUGAACCAUAGUAAUAAAACAAAACUUUACAAUGUACAUGUAUAUACCGAAAGCUCUUGUCUGGACCAGAGUGAUAAAACAAACAUUUCCUAUUAUUUAUCAAGAGAGGAUUGUUUGGAAACUUGUUGAAGCAUAAUGAAUAUGUAUUUUAAGAUUAUUUAUUUUGGUAUUAAAGCAUCAUGCAUAUGUAUAUGUAUUUUGAUAUUACAGCAUAAUGAAUGUACAUUUUGAUGUAUUCUACAAAAAUAAACACAUGUUUUAUUAAAAUA